GGGAGGGAAUAUGGCUGGUAAAUGUAUGACCUCGCUGAGUGAAGAGAGCCUGAGAGAUAAGAUUUCGUCUUUGUUCACAGUGUCUGUAUGGACUCGUUAAUUCAACGAGUUGUUCUAACCUAGCGGGCCUUGUUCAAGAAAACAUCAGCUGCUGUUGUUGUGUCUGGCGAUUUUUCUUUCUCGGUGUUGUUGUCGUCGGCCAUGCUCGGAGUUUGACGGAAGUUGAAAAUGGAGUCUUCCUGUGUCGUCAAAUGUUUCUACUUUGAGCUCGGUGACUCACAGUGCUAGCGUGUUCUUUGUCUCAUUGGCUGUCGCCUGCUCGCGGAGUUCUCUCAGGCGGAAUCAGUCUGUUCUGUUAGUAUUGUUGCAUCAGCUGUUCCAACAGGUUGAAAUGAUUUUCGGUUUGCGAUCACCAUUUUCGAGAAGUUGGGAAGAAUCGCUGAAUUAAACAUAUACAGUGGGUGUCAUGUCAUGAAGAAAGGUGCAUGUGAUUGAUUUCAUAGUUCCUUCUGUUUUGAGUUGGUAUUUCAAUAUAGGCGGGAAGAGUGUAUAACUGUUUGACAAGAUUCCCAAUGAAUCUAAAAUUGACAGUCAACACAGGCCUUUGACAUUUUGUGUUUUGUUUGCUUUACACGGAUGGGUUCAAAAAAGAAAAUUUAACAAGGAAUUAGAAAGUAGACGUGCUGGUUGGGGAAAGCUCCUCCCGUCACUGGACAAAUAGUUAAAUUUGAACCAGUUAUCUGAUGAGCCGAUGUAGUAACUAAGUGCAAAGAAUUUGUUACACAUUUAUGAAACAAUUUUGUUGUUCAAAGGAGUGCCAGAAGAUUAUCGACAAAUUUGUUUGCCUCACGUAGAUGGCAAGAGAAUAUUUUGAGGAUAUUUACAUCCAGGAAGUUGAGAAAGUUAUGGCCGCAGCCAACUCGGUGUCAGGAAAUUGCUCAGAAAGUACUUCUCCUGACAUAUUCAAUGCUAUCAAAAGGAGAAUUGUGAAAGUGCAGGCAAAUAUUGGACAAAAUUAUAAAAAUGUCAUGCAAGGUAUUGGAUUGCAAUUGAAAAAGAGGAAUGACAGCCGCAGCAAUGACGAUGACACCCAUGUCCUGAACCUGGCUAAUUCUUGUUUUUACCAGGAGCACAUUGAAAUGGAAAGCAUUGACAGUGAAGGAAGACUUGGUCGGGGUCAUGAUUUUGUGACAUGCCAGUUGACAAAUCCUACUUGGUGUGACAAGUGUGGGGACUUCAUCUGGGGACUCUACAAGGAAUGUCUACGAUGUAAAAACUGCCAGUACACCUGCCAUCACAACUGUGUAGGGUCUGUGACUUUAGACUGUACCUCCGUGUCCCAGGGAUCUCCCAACGGGGAAGACACGCCCAAAACUGGCAGCGCAGCAGAAACCUCAUUAUCACAACCAAAAUUACGCAACUCGCCAAAGUCUGUCAUAUCUAAAAACAAUGUGUUACAAAGCUCACAAAAUGAGGAUAUUUCACAAAGACUUGCACAACUGUCGACGUCAUCGGUACCGGGCGUGGCCCAGCGGGUGGAACAUACCGUGGACAAUUCCGUGGAUGUGCCAGCGGACAAUACCAAUAAAUCACAUAUAGGAAAAUUAAAAAAAGAGAAGGAUGAGACAGACAGCGGGUACCGGUCAGGGACGAUUCCGGAUGAGAAACUUCCCAAACUGCCAAGCCAGGCAACGCUCAAUCGGGAUGAAUUGAGAAGAAAGAUUGCAGAAUAUAACCACUUGGUGCCUGGGUCAGAGUUUGAAUUAACGGAGGAGCAGGGAGAAGCAUUCCAGGGUUUCAUCAAGGUCACUCUGAACCUCAUCAGGCCCAUCACCAUGUCGCUGAGCAUGAGGCCGCCGUCCAUCUACGACCUGCUCACCAAGGAACACAUCAUCGAGCAGAACACACAGUCGGUCUCCUUCUACAUGCCCCGAGACACCAUCAAGUCCAUACAUGUGGCCAGCGAGACGACCACGAAGGAAGUUGUAGCAGCUCUGUUGAAGAAGUUCCACAUUCUGGAUCACCCACGCAAGUUUGCCAUGUAUGAACAGGAAUUCUCCAAAAACAAACUGGUGAGGCUGAAGAGAGUUGGGGAUAAGGACUUUCCUCUCCAGGUCUUCCUCAACUGGGACCCUCGUAGAUUUACCAACUAUCGCCUCGUACUACAAGAAAAUGAGACAGGAGAGAUAGUGUGGGAGGGGUUCAGCAGACCAGAGCUGAACAACUUCCUGAAGGUGUUGGACCGUGAGGAGGAAGAGUGCGUAAGCCAGCUCCACUACAAGUACAAGGUGAUGAAACGGAUCAUCAACCAGAGACUCAAAGAAAUCAGGAAGGAGCGCAAGACCUCUGGCACCAGCCCGUCCUGACACUGGGAAACCCCUGCCGUAGUCGCCAACGCCGCCGCUCCACAGUCACGACUACAAAGACGACUCUCUUGACCGGGAAACCCCCAGCAAAGAGGAGACAGCCCUUCCUUUUGAAAGACCUGAAGGGAUUUUGAGCUUUGUUGCGACUAACUAUCAGCCAUUCCUGUUUUCAUCCUCACUUGGGUUACCGUAUUCGACGUAAUAAGCGCCCGACCUUAUAAGCGCCCACGGCGAUAUUUGCUACUAUAUUGGCUCGUGAACAAUCCCAAUUAGCACCCCUUCCGAUUGAUCAAUGUACACAAAACAU